AGCAGCCAGCAUUUGUAGUAGCCGUAGCUAUCAUCAGAUUUUGAAAUUGAGUGGAGACAAGUGUUAAUGAUCAUCGAACAUCAAGCUGUAAGCACGUUAUAAUAAUGGGUGAAGUGGAACGAUGCUCUCCUACUAGAGUUUUAUUAACUCAUGAAGAAUUAGUUAAUCUUGACAAAUCCCAAUUACAACAGCAAUGGAUGAAGCAGGAAAACUACAUUAAUUGGCUGGAGUCACAGCUAUCAACUGCUCAGAAUGCAUUGACUCCAGUACGAGAGUUUGAAGAAAAACUUAAACAUUCAAUUUCAUCUGAAUCUGGAAGAAGGGAAAAUUUUCUUUUAAUGCGUUUGAACUCUAAAGAACAAGAAAUUCAAGAUCUAAUAGUCCAAAUUCAAGAACUGAAAUCAUCACAAGCUGGUAACUCAACAUCCUUGAGGUCAUCACUGUUAGAUCCAUCAGUCAAUGUUCUAAUCCAACAUUUGCGUAAAGAGCUUGAUAAAGCUAAAUCAGCAUUUGAAGAAACUCAAAAUGAACUGAGCGCAUGGAAAUUCACUCCAGACAGGUUUUUCUUUAUAGUAGUCUUAUUCUAUCUUAAGUUACUAACAGCUCCCCUCUCUAUUCUAAAUUUUAUUGUUGAAAAAACUUAUAGCAAUACUGGGAAACGUUUAAUGGCGAAAUGUAGACUACUUUACCAAGAAAAUGAAGAACUAGGAAGGAUGAUUUCCUCUGGCAGGCUGGCUAAAUUGGAAGGGGAUUUAGCUCUUCAGCGAAACUUCAGUGAGGAGAUGAAGAAAUCUCAAUCAGAAUUAGAUGAAUUCUUAUUGGAAUUGGAUGAAGAUGUUGAAGGUAUGCAAUCAACUAUUUAUUUUCUACAGCAACAGUUGCGCCAAACACGGGACCAACUAUCUGAAGCUCAAAAAGAAAAUGAACUUCUUCGUAAUACCAGCACAAACACGGCCAACACAGGCGCAGAUGAAGAAAAAUCCCCGGUAAACUCUUCUCAAUCGGAAAAUCAGUUAAACGAAAGGAUGUGCGAACCUUCUUAUUUGCAGUCGAACUCUUCUCAUCUUAUGAAUGAUAGUGAUCGGUGUAAUGGCCCUCUUCAGCCAUCUUUUCACAAUGACUAACUAUUACUUUAAACUUAUCUUUCGUAAAACGUCAAACCUGAUUCGAUUACGAGUAGUUGGUUUUAAUUUUCGUGAUGGAUUUUCAUCGUUUAUAUCGGGUUUUGGACAUAUUGUAAUCCAUUAUUUUUUUUUUUGUGAAGACUUGAUUUUUUUAUUGCCAAUUGUAGUGUACGAGUAAGUUAAUACGACGAGUAAAAUUUUCUUCAGAUCAAA